GAUACUGUAUCAGCGUGUGUUGUGAUCAUCAGGUUAUGACAGAUGAAGAGGAUUUCUCACGUGUGCUCUACAUUUUCUAGCGUAAUUGAAUUAUUAAAGUCGGUCAAAUAACCAGCGACACAGAUAUGUCAUCGGCGGAGGUAGACCUGGGUUUCCUGGAGGAGGCGGAGCCGUGGCGGCUUCGGUCCCCGCAGUUCCCCAGCAAAGUCGGGGGGAAGCCGGCGUGGCUCAGCCAGAGAGGCCUGCCCUCCCCGGCCGGGCUGGAGUGUGAGAUAUGCCGGCUGCCCAUGGCUUUCCUGCUGCAGGUGUAUGCACCGAUAUCCGGACAGGACAGAAGUUUCCACAGAACGCUCUUUCUGUUCUGCUGCAAAACUCCCGAGUGCUACACACGCAACGACAGCCGCUGUAUGAAAGUUUUCAGAAGUCAGCUGCCCAGGAGGAAUGAGUUCUACCCCUAUGACCCCCCUCCAGAGGAUGAACCUCCCAGUGACCACGAGGACGACCAGAGCCUGUUGUCCGUCUCUGGAGUCAAGCUGUGCUGGGUUUGCGGUUGCCCCGGCAACAAAGCCUGCUCCCGCUGUCACACCGUGACAUACUGUGGUAAACAGCACCAGACGCUCCACUGGAAACACUCUCACAAGAAGGAGUGCUGCAGCCCAGGAGCGUCCAUUGUCGCAACCUCGCCUCUACUCUUUCCUGAGUCUGAGCUCGUCACUGAGCCUGAGGAGGAAGAGAAAGACGCCAAGGAGGCAGGAGAAGAAAAUGAUGAGGAAGGGGACAGUGCUCAGAGGAGUGUCGAUUGUCCCUCUUUAGCAGACAGCCUGGCAGAGACAGACCUGGAGGAGAUGGCUAUGCACGAGACUGAAGACAACAAAGUGUUCCAGCGGUUUAAAAAGCGAAUCGCACCAGAACCACACCAGGUGGUGCGUUACAGUAGAGGGGGAUCUCCCUUGUGGGUCUCUUCUCAGCACACUCCUUCUGAUCAAGAUAUCCCACCAUGCACCUGUGGCGCCAAGAGGACGUUUGAGUUUCAGGUGAUGCCCCAACUGUUGAACAGUCUUUGCGUGGACUCGACAGGAGCCAGUAUCGACUGGGGGACUCUGGUCAUCUACACGUGCUCUGCGAGCUGUAACCAUGACGACCAGUACUGCCCCGAGUUCAUCUGGAAGCAGGACUUCAGCUCAGAUCAGCUCACGCAGAUUGAACACGCCUAACAGACCCGUGUGGCUCGUCUCAGCAGGAGAACGGGUGAAUCCGUAAUAAGUGACGCCAUUUGAUGAGUCAGUUUCAGAGACGGUCGUCUUUAUCUCUGUGGCUCAGUGUCAUGGGUCAAUUGAUAGAAUCUGUACCAUUGUUUAAUGUCAAAGCUGCUUCACCUGAGUUUUCCCUGCUGUGAAACAUCUGUCUGGUGCUGACAGUUUUUUAACUCUGGAUGUUUUCGUAUGGCUGAUUUUUACAGUCUGGAUGAUCUUAGCCAAAUAUCUCAACACGAGUUAUCUUUAGAAACUUUGAUAUGCAGGUUGGAAUAAUGUGUCCUGUGACCACCUGUAUGUGGCUACUUACAGCGCUACAUACAGAUUACGCAGUAGGAUGGUUGGAGCUAACAAUUAGCAAAACUAAAAUUAGCAAAACUAAAUAUGCUGAUGACCCUUUCCUGCUCACAAAGGUAUCAUUACAAAACUGUCUCAACAUGAAUCUAUCGUGUCUUUUUGUUUUUCCUUUUUAACUGUCAGUUAUAUCAAGAGAUGACUGCAAUACCCGAAACACUGUAAAUAAAAGAAAAAGUUUUUAAAAAAAUCAUCUCGUCACUAAUUUAGCAAACAGUUUAAAGAGCAAUGCCACAAUUUUUAACAAGGCAAAAUAGUGAUCUACACAAGGAUACAAUGCACAUACAUAUAAAAAAAUAACAUUUAAUGAGCCAUUUAGUCAACAAACUGCCACAUCAGUAUCUCCACGUUUGCCACCAUUUGUUGCAAUUUUGCUACCGGUCAUACCAGAUCAAGACAGACCAGCUAAAAUCCAGUCUAAUCAGAAAAAUUUGUUUUCAAGACAGUUUUUUUCAGAAAGUACUGUUUUACCAGGUUAAUUGUCCAAAUAAAUGACAAGAGAUGUAGCCCACAGAGCAAAUUAAUAUCUUACACUCAGAUUUGGUGUAAAGCAGGGGGCUAUUGGUGUGGAUGAGUCUAAACUGUUUCUGCCUUUACUUUAAUGUACAAUAUUGUGCCUUUGUCUCUACAGAAGCCACAGGUAUAUUGGCUCAAUUCAAUCUAUUUCAAGACAGAAAAUGUUUCUAUAAAAUGUUUAGCAACUGUGAAUGCAGCAAAAGAAGCAGCUUCAACUUAAGAGCCAGUAUGUACAUAUUUAUUAAUGCACAGUGCAGCACAUUAACAAUUUCAUAAGAAGCGUUUAGAUUUGACGAACCAAAAAUGUCUAAUUGGAGAAACGUGACCAGAAUUUAAACAACUGUGAAGUCAUUUUUGGACAAGUGCGUGUGAUACAGCAAGGACAACAGGACAAAACGCUCAAAAAUAAUUCUUCAAAAGAAAUCUUUGAAAUAAGAAAAUCAUAGGAAAACUUAACACUACAUAUACAUGGCAAAGAGAUGCAUAGAUUAUCUGCCAUCGUACAGUUGUUUAGUGCUAGAUAUGAACUUAGGAUAAAGUAGGCAGCCUCUUCUUUACUUAGGACCAACGGUGCCUUCAUUCACCUCUCAGUGCUUGAUUCUCGUUGCUCUUCUUACCGGAAAUCCUUUUACCAAAAAGUAACAGAGCCUCUCUUUCAAGCUCGGAGUCACUGACUUACAGUUAAAAAUAAAAAAUAUAUAUACACACACAAGUUUAACCAUUAAAAUAGUCUUUUCUGAAAUAAAACAUGUCUUCUGUUUCAAUAGAAAUGAUUUUAGACUGACUCCACUCUGCCAAAGUAGAAACACUUCAGGAAGCUACACUUUGAAGAACCAACCAACAACCUGAUGGCGACUUUUGGUUGUAGGACUUGGAUCGAUUUAACUACAUCCACCUUCGGAUGGCUUCGUGAUCAACAGCCUUUCUCUCGCUGACAGAUUUGGACAUGACCCGAUAAAACUUGAGACUGAGCAAACAAUUAAUAAAAAUGUCAAGUACAAAACUAUUUUAAGCUGCUUAAAAUAAAACCAGAACAGUCUCAGAUGGACCAUAUCUCUUCUAAUAAGCAUUUUUUACAUUCUCUUACAGUCUUAUUUACAAUUAAGGAUGUGAUUAGGACAG